AUGUUUCAUCUUGGACCCACCACCAACAGAUACACGAUUGAAUGCUCUCUACGAACUCUAUCAAAAAACAAUGUGGAUAUCUCUAAAAAGAAACAUAACGGUCCGAUUUAUAGCAUUAAAUUUAGCAAUGGAAAUGGACAGUAUUGCAUGAGUGCCGGAGGGGACAAAAUAAUUAAAUUAUUUAAUCCUUUUAAAUCAUUUUUUGUUCUGAAAGAAUAUAAAGGUCAUGGAUAUGAAGUUUUUGAUUUGGAUAUAUCUACUGAUAAUAAUUUCUUUGUGAGUGCCAGUGGAGAUAAAUCUGUGUUCUUAUGGGAUAUUUCAACUGGGGAAGUGAAGAGAAGAUUUAAAGAGCACAAAGGAAAAGUGAAUUGUGUAAAAUAUAGCAACAAUAAUGAAGUCGUAAUUUCAGGUUCAUAUGAUAGAACAAUGAAAGUAUGGGACAUGAGAUCAGGAUCAUUUAAAUCUAUUCAAACAAUGAAUGACUUUCAAGAUAGCGUUUCAAGUAUUGCAUGUUCUGAUACAAGUAUUUUGGCUGGAUGUGUGGAUGGCACUGUACAUAAUUAUGAUAUUAGAAUGGGAAAACUGAAAUUGGAUCAUAUGGGAACCAAGAGUAUUGGUCAUGUAUCUUUCACCCAUGAUUUUCUGUGUUAUUUAUGCAGCUCAUUAGAAUCAACCAUUUCCAUGGUGGAAGUGAGCACUGGAAAUAUUUUAAGAGUUUUUAAGGGUCAUCAAAAUGAAAAGUAUCAAAUCAAACAUACUCUUUCGAGCAAUGACAAGUACUUGUUUAGUGGCGAUGAGAGAGGCAAAAUAUUUCGGUGGGAUUUGAGUACUGAAUCAUGUGAAGAAAUUGUUGACCCUCAAGCUCAUGCGACUGUUUCAACCAUCAAUACUACUACCACUAUUGACGAAAUUAUCUCCAUUGACUAUCAUCCAGUAGAUAAUUAUUUUAUUACGGGUUCAGUCAAUGCAGAAAUUGCUCUUUGGAGAGAAAGUAGCUCAAUUAAUUAA